UCCUUUGGCCUCUCUCUUGGCCUAGACAAAUGGAAAACUCUUAUUCAAGCUCUUCUUCUUUUUCUUCCAACUCCAUCAAAAGUACUCACGAUGUGUACCUAAGUUUUAGAGGUGAAGACACCCGAAAUGGUUUCACGAGUCAUCUCUAUUCUGCUUUGAUCCGAAAAGGAAUUCUGGCCUUCAUGGAUGUCAAACUACAAGAGAUGGUGGGUGAAGACAUUGCCUCAACAUUGUUUAAAGCAGUAGAAGAAUCAGAGUCUUAUAUCGUUGUUCUCUCCGAAAACUAUGCUUCGUCAAUUUGGUGUUUGGAUGAACUUGUCAAGAUCGUCGAAUGCACAAAAGGUUGGGAGAAGAUAAUUUUUCCCAUCUUCUAUCAUGUGGAUCCAUCUGAUGUGCGAAAGCAGAGGGGAUGUAUUGAAAAAGCGUUCGCGAUUUAUGAAACACGUUUUAGGGAUGAUAUCCAAAAGGUUCAGAGAUGGAGGGAAGCAUUAAAAAGACUCACUGACCGAUCUGGAUGGCAUAUAGACCAUAGGAGCGAUGAAGCCAAAUUCAUAUACCUAAUAACAGCGGAGAUAUUCAAAAGAAUAACUUCACUUAGGAAGACAGAAAAAGCAACCAAGAGAUCAGAAGAAAAUGUUGAAGAGAUAAACAGUACUAGUUUUGAUUCAUCUCUUUGUCAAUCUUCUUCUCCUUCUUCCAACUCCAUCAAACCGUAUGAUGUGUUCAUGAGUUUUAGUGGCGAAGACACCCGCAAUGGUUUCACGAGUCAUCUCUAUUAUGCUUUGAGCGAAGAAGGAAUUCUGACCUACAUGGAUGAUGUCAAACAAACCGAGAAGGGCGAAGGCAUUUCCUCGACAUUAUUGGAAGCAAUUGAAGAAUCAGAGUAUUUUAUUGUCAUUCUCUCAGAAAACUAUGCUUCUUCUGUUUGGUGUUUGACUGAACUCGUCAAGAUUGUAGAGUGCAAGCAAGUCUCCGGCAGGAAAGUUUUUCCAAUUUACUAUCAUGUAGAACCAACUCACAUUAGGAAACAGCGAGGAAUUUUUGAAGAAGCUUUCGAAAGACAUGAACAACGUUUUAUCCACGACCUGGAAAAGGUGCAAAGCUGGAGGUAUGCAUUAAGAAGGGUCAUCGACAUAGUUGGAUGGCUAAUAAACCCUAGCAGGUCUUUUUCUAUCACUUUUUAAUAAUCAGAUCAGAGUGACAGGACCUGCCCCAGGUGUGAGAUCCCACAUCGGUUGGAAAAGGGAAUGAACAUGCCUUAAAAGAGGGUGUGGAUACCUUUCCUUUGCGACGCAUUUUGACAAAACCGUACAGGCUGGGCCCAAAGCGGACAAUAUCGCAUGCGGGUGGACUGGGCUGUUACAGAUGGUAUCAGAGCCAGUACUCGGAUCAGUGUGCCAGAGAGGACGCUGGACCCCAAGGGGGGAGGAUUGUGAGAUCCCACAUCGGUUGUAAAGGGGAACGAAGCAUGCCUUAAAAGAGGGUGUGGAUACCUUUCCCUUGCGACAUGUUUUGACAAAACCGUACAGGCUGGGCCCAAUGCGGACAAUAUCGCAUGCGGGUGUACUAGGCUGUUACAACGGAAACCCUCCCAGGACCUCCCGGGUGA